AUGACAACACCAGCUUUCCCGAACGACAGAAUAGCGGACCAGAUCUACGAUAUAAGAGCGCCAGCUGAACAGACAUUCUGGAUAAGUUUAUUGCCUAAUGAGCGAACCAUUUUCCAAUGGUUCGCCAUUGGCUUCAAAAGGAACAGCUGGGACAAGGAUCAAAGAAUCCCAUCUCAAGAUGCUGUUCUCAAAGCAUGGCGAGAUGCCGAUGAAAUUGACCGGGAAACGAACAUCGUCCUGGCGAAAGAACGCCCAGAUCUUCGACUCAAUACGAGCCACUUCGAGGUGAAGUCUGAAAUAUUGUUGGCCUUCGAGGCCUUACUCCCCCGGAAUGAGCAGCCUGAUUUCGAGUCUCUAGUUCAUGGUUUCCAGAUAUACAAUGUUAGAGGUGGGCAGCACAAUUCCCAGGAUAUGAUCCGUUGUUGGAACCAAAAGAAUAAGGCAAUGAGGGAAAAGAUGAUUGCUUACGGAAGGCACCAUUAUAACCGCUUCCAGAAUCACCCUCAAGUACCUGACGUGCGUCCGACAGCUUCCGGUCAUCAUGGUCACUGGUUCGAAAAUCCGAAACCGGAUGCCACUAUGGGUGACAUCAAGCAAGUGAACGUAGCGGACCCAAAGCCACCGGGAGAAAAGAAUAGGCCGGCUGGCUCACGAUGGGUCUUCGAGAAGACUAUUUAUCAGAAUCCGCAUGAAACGUAUGAUAACAAACUUACGCAUCGAAUCAUCCACCUUUUUGCUCUGGUAACGGAGGACCGCCAAAUUUUGAAGCGACUGGUUGUCAAAAUAAUUGGUUCUACAGAUGUGCUCGGAGUCGUCGGCACCAUCAUGAGAGAAUCCACACAUCAUGAGGCCCUGUCAUUCAAAAACUGCGCGAGCAUCCUUGAUGCGUAUGGCUUCUCUAUACGCAAGAGGGCAUACGGCCCGCAGCUUGGAUAUAUUUAUAUGGACUAUGCACCAUUUGGAGACCUGCUAGACUUAAUCAAAAGGCUUCAAGGACAACCAGACAAGCAACUUCCUGAGCCAUACAUAUGGUUGAUCUUCCGCGCAUUGGCCGAGGCCCUCCUUCUGAUGGAAACCGGUAUGACGGUUGAUAAGGACCAGCCAGCACGUGAGGAUGGUCACGUCCUGUAUAGCCGUAAUCGGAAACCGAUAGUCAACCCAGACAUCAAGCCUAUGAACGUCAUGCUCGGUGAAGCGCAAGCUGGAUUCUAUCCUGGAUUCAAAACCGCUAAGAUGAUUGAUUUCGGUAUGUGCUUCGACGACAAUAGGUAUGCCACUGGAAAAGUGGGUGUUGGCACUCAGGGUAACACUGCCCCAGAACACGGUUUUCCGCCUCACCCAAAGUAUCGAAACGAGCCAGUCAACAUUCAGUCGGAGAUAUUUAUGGUUGGAUUAGUGAUACUUAGCCUCAUGGAAGGCCGUAACAGAAAAAUUACCGACGUAGAACUUUUUAACGAAGGCUUCCAACACUGCGAGGGUUAUAACAAGUGCUAUAGCCAUUGGCUAGAUGAUCUAGUCUUUUUCUGCCUCCAGUUCGCACCUUGGAAGAGACCAAGCUUACACCAGCUCCUCUAUAAGACAAGAAGGGGACUUGAAAGGUGGGAGAGGGUAUAUGGGUCUGUUGAUAAACCAGAAGCUGAGUUGCCUGAAUUCGCGAUCUAUCCGCUUGAGCACCUGGAAGAGUUUCGCAUUGGGGAAACGGCGCCUGAACAUUGGUUAGGAAUGAAGAAGAGGAAGGCAGAAGAGGCUAGACUCGCUCCAGCUCGGCCUGCAGUAAAGAAGAGGGCCAAAAAUCCCCCACCGCCACGACCCGGACAGAUUAGGAUGGGUAACGAUCGGAUUGGACAGCCAGACAAGCCUCCUUUUCGCCCCCCUGGAAAGGGCCCGGGUCCAAAGAAUCCACCCGCGCGACCACCCAUCGGCCACCCUGCGGCGGGGAGAGGUCAGAUGCAUCGACCUCCUCCUUUGCCUAUGUAUCCGCGUAUUCCUGCUCAAGGCAACCAUGCUGCUCCUACAAACAGAGUGCCCAAAAUUGUCCCAGGCCCUCUCAACUACAUCACGGGACAGCCCAAUGUCCCUCCAGGCCAACCAGCACAUGUAUCUGGCUCGGCCCGCUAUGCUCAUCCACCACCAAUACAGCCUUUGGGACGACGACGACCGCCAAACGACCGGCCACCACCCCCACGAACACUCGCUGAGCAGCGAAAUGCUAACAUGAGGCUAAUGCAGAACCAAGCUAGGCAGAGCGCCAUACCACGACCUGUCAACCAUCCUCAGCCACGUGUAGCCCCAAGGCCGGCGCUGCAGCCUGGAAUGGACCCAGCCCAGAUAUAUGCUGCUGCAGUGCGAGCGCGCAAGAAUGUGGCGCCACCUUGGUUUAUGCAGGACCCGGAAAAUAUUAAGCGGGAAAAAGAUGUAGAACCAGAUGGUGAUUCUGAAGAGGACGAUGCGAGUACGUCAGAGGAGAACGGAUCACCAGGGGGCAGGCGGAGCAAUCCUAUUGAUUUAAGUAAUGCGUAG